UUCCACCUUCGCUAAUAUGCACCAGCCUUUCAAUGUUUUUCCGCAUUUCGAGCGACAAUUUCAACAGAUCAACAAUACUAUUUUGUGUUAUUCGCUUUUGUGAGCUGAAAUGGGUAAAAUUACAAAUCCAAACGAAAACUUACGCAUUCCCAAGUGGAUAAGUGCCGACUAUUUUGAAAAAGUGUUGGAGAAAGAUGGAGAGGACUAUGCAGAGAUCUCUAAGUUUACAGCGGUUGCAGCCACACCUCCAGGCGAGAACUUCACUUCCGUUAUGUUGCGCAUUCACCUGGAUUUAGUUUUGAAAGAUGGCUCGAGAAAGCACAAAACGUACGUAAUGAAAACAAUGCUGGAUGACGAUUGCGGUGGCCGCGAAGUUCAAAAUUUGAAUUAUUUUCCAAAAGAAUUGGAAAUGUACGCCAAGUUCUUACCCGCUUUCGAGAAACUGUACAAGGAUGCUGGCAAGCCAGUGAAACUCGCUCCUCGUUGUUUACUUGCGGAAGCCAGAGAUAAUCGGAUUAACUUCGUAUUCGAGGACUUAACCCUCAAGGGCUUCGUAAACGCUGAUGGCAGAAAGGGCUUGAAUAUGGAUGGGAUGCGUCGAACGUUACAAAAGCUGGCGGAGUUUCUUGCUGCAUCAGUGGUAUAUUUCGAAAAGAAUGGACCCUAUCCCGAAAAUUUUAAAUUCAGCUUCGCUAAAGAAAAUGGUUACGAAUCGUUCAAGAGAGUUUUCGACGUAAAGGUUGUUCAAUUCAAAGAAGCGAUGGUAACGUGGGGCUUGAAAGAUGCUGACAAAUAUUUGAAAAAAUUUCCUACCUUUGAUCAGUAUUGGAAGUCUGUAACGCGUGGGUUCGCUACCGCAGAGAACUCGUUCAACGUGCUGAAUCACGCCGAUUGUUGGAGCAGUAAUGUGAUGUACUCGUAUCGAGAAAAUGGCAGAGUUGACGAUGCACUUCUGAUCGAUUAUCAAAUUUGUAAAUGGGGUAGUCCUGCUGAGGAUUUGCUAUUUCUGAUAACGAUUUCGGCGGCGAAAGAUAUUCGCAUUAGGGAAUGCGAGCAUUUUGUGGCCAUUUACCAUGAACAUCUUACGGAAUGCCUCGAAUUGCUGGGUUACAAAAAGGGUCUGCCGAAAUUGCGAGACUUGCAAAUGGAUAUGUACCGCGAGAAUAACAGUUUCUAUGCAUUUUUUGCAGUGUUCAAUCACUUGGCGAUGGUAUUAUACCCCACCGAUAAAGAUUGUAACAUGAAUUCACUUCUAAGUCCGAGCGAGGAGGCCCAGCGCUUUAGGCUGAAAAUUUACACAAGUCCGGCAUUCAAGGAGGCUAUGUUGGGCAUCCUGCCAUUUUAUCACAACCGUGGGCUAUUCAAUUUCUGUGAUUAUGAAUAUACAAAUAUUUACGUUGAAAUACGUCAACUGAUAGCGAGUCGAAGACGCAAUGCGACUGCCGGCCUCCAGUCACCGCUCAACAACGGUGGGCUACGAAGUCUGUCGAGAUUACUGCCAAAUACAGCAAUCAUGCCGGACAACAGCGGCAAAUUCAAUCCAAAUAUACAAUUGGAAAUACCCAAAUGGAUAAAUGCGAAAUAUUUUGAGAAGAUACUGCAUAAAGAGGAUACAAAUCUCCACAAAAUACUAAAAUUGACACCGAUCCCCGCUACACCGCCCGGUGAGAACUACACAUCGCUCAUGAUGCGCAUCCUAAUGGACAUUGAACUAAAAGAUGGCUACACACAACAGAAGUCGUACAUUGUAAAAACAACACUGGACGACGACAAAGGCGGCACACUUAUCAAUGCACUGAAUCUCUUUCCGAAAGAGAAACUCAUGUACGAGCGCAUUCUACCUCAGCUGGAGCAACUCUACCAUGACCUUGGCAAGAACGUGAUAUUCGCACCCAAAUGCCAAUGGAUCGAGCAAAAAUCCAGCCGCAUUACUAUUGUACUCGAAGAUCUGAACACAAAGAAAUUCCGCAACAUCAACAGACUCAAAGGCUUCGACAUGCCGCACAUGAAGCGUGUGCUGGAAAAGCUCGCCGAAUUCCAUGCAGCCAGCGUCAUAUGGCACGAGAAGCACGGCGCAUAUCCGGAUGAAUUUCAGAAAAGUUAUCUACCUGCCAACUAUCAAAAAUCGAAAUCUUAUCAGGCACGUGUACAAAGCUACAAGAUAGCUAUGGCGACGUGGGGCUUAGAAGAUUACGACAAAUAUGUGGAGCGCAUUCCAAAUGCCGAGCAAUUCGUCAAUGCAGCCAUGGGUUGCUUCAACUCAGAUCCCAACGAAUUCAAGGUGCUCAAUCAUGGCGACUUCUGGUCCAGCAAUAUAAUGCUGAACUACACCUCAAAUGGCGAAGUGAAUCAAAUACGCUUCGUAGAUUACCAGCUGUGCAAGUGGGGCAGCCCGGCACAGGAUCUAUGGGAACUGAUCGUAUGCUCGGUUGUGAGCAAUUUGCGCAUUUGGGAAUUCGAUCAUUUCAUACGAAUCUACCACACUCACCUACUUAAGUGCUUGAAGCUGCUCAAUUAUGGCAAACCGCUGCCCAAACUGAAUGAGCUGCAUAUAAGUAUGUUGAAGCAUGGCUUUUGGGGCUACAGCACAACCUUCACACAUUUGGUUCUAAUACUCCUGCCUUCGGAUAAAGAUGCCAGUCUAUUCAAGCUGAUUCAGCCGGGGGAGGAAGGCGACAAGUUCCGACACAAAGCCUAUACAAAUCCGCUCUAUGUGCGGGCUAUGUUGGAUAUAUUGCCAUUUUUAUAUAGGCGUGGCAUUUUAGACUUUCAAUAACUAGGCUUUUGAAAAACUACAAAAAUAUGCGGCUGACUGUGGAAUUUUACAAAAUUAGCAGAAACUCUGGUGGUGCCAAGGUUACAAAUGGAUACUGGAGUAGUUCUUGGCUAUGCGAAAUUUACGCCAAAAGAUGUAUAAAAUUUGUACUUAAAUAAAAUGUUCCAUGCUACGCUUCUCGUGACUUCGAUGACGUCAUCUGCAAGAAGGAUCGAAGAAAAAACUGGUUAAAUGGAGAGUAACGAAAUCGGGAUAGGGCUACUAAUAAUUUUAAUAUUUCUAUAACAUUUGUAAUUGACUAAUAAACAUUUUUAAUUCGAAAUAUUUCCAGUUGAAAUUCAUGUCAUUAAAUGAUCCAAAAAGUAUGGAAAUUUGGUAGCAGUUCCCUUGUGCCGCUGAAUAGGCCGCGAGACCACAAAAUGCUCCGAAAUUCAUCAGCAAUCACGA